UGUUUAUUAUUGCCAAUUUAAAAGUAUCGCUUCCUGUGAUGUAACGAAAGCAAAAUGUGCCACAGGGAGCCCAACUGUUCCGAGUCAACUUAGAAACGAGAUUGUGACUUUACGCCGUCAUACUCUUCCAUCCUCCACGAUAGCAGAAAAUUAUCUACGUGCGCAAGUAGCCAGAGCUCCAAAGUCGUUGAAACUUUUUAUUUGGAGCUCGCAGUUUAUGUUCAGCCGGAGAAAUUAAGAGGUUCUCCGAUGAGUGCGCGCUUAUUCAGCGAAAAGCUCUUAUAAGGGAAUGUAUGUAAACACAACAGGGAGUUUGACAAUUUCUAUCGCGAUUUGAUUUCAACGUACUGCAAAACCGAAUUUUCUUGACCGUAUUCGAUAGGGGAAUAAUGUUCGACAAUGAAUUUCCAGCUGCAUUACAGCUAUCUAGUAUUUUUCACACCCCCUAGAGGUUAGGCCUGUGUUCAAGAGCAUGGAUGUGGAUGGUCCGAUAGUCCACAUUCAAAUCUGCCGUCAUCUUCUUCCAUCCUGCACGAUAGCAGCAAAGUAAACUCUCUACAAUGCGCAGGUAGCCAGAGCUUCAAAGUCGAUGUAAGAAUAAAAUUGCAAGUAUCGUAAUUGAAAAAUUAAAAGAAAAAGCUAUAUAUCUGUUUUGGCACUCGUAUAAUGUGCGCAAGUUCAAAGGCUUUUUAUUUUCCACUAAAAACAUAAACAACAUUUACUAAAGGCCACUAUAGUAAGCUUAUGGACGAGGAAGUUGGGGAUCCCUGGUUGUUAUCUAAUCAAAAUAUGCUAAUCAUUUUAUGUCGAAAUGGGUUGCCUGUGGAGUGCAGCAAUCCAAGAUGGCGGACAAGGUUGACCAAAAUCGUUCUUAACAAAUUUAUCAAAUAUUACAAAAAUGCAUGAGUUUAAACUAUAAUAAUUAGUAUCAUGGCAUUUUUGAGCACUGCAUGGCUGUCUGGGUAUGUUGCAACUACAUUAGUACGGCGUGCUUUUAGCAGAUUUUAUCGCCAUUUGACGACUACAGAACUUGAACAUCGUCCUCUGUCUGACAUCCAUUAUCAACCUUCAAGGAUAACUAGAAUGAGUACUAACGCGGUUAAAACCAAACCACCAAACAUUCUAGUCUAUGCUGGUAGUGGAGAAGAAGGUGGAAGGGAUUUCGAGUUCAUCAAGGAUGUUUUAUCACGCAUUUUGGACAGGAAUAGCUACGUAGUUUAUCAAAUCGAUGAUGACAAAGUUCUUCAUCACCCUUGGUCGAAAAACUCUGUUUUAUUACUAAUACAUAAUACACAGACAAUACAAAAGCCGAUUCUCAGGAAAUUUGAAGAGUAUUUGGUUAACGGGGGAAGUAUUCUCAGUGUUGGUUGUAAAGAUCAUGAAAACUUGAGCGGAUUAUUGGGGGGAGUGACAUUGAAACCUUUGGAUUUGAAGUGCAGUGAUGAUUGUACAGUUGAGAUCAUUACUGACAGACUGGACAUUCCAUUGAACCAAGUUGAUAUUCCGAGUGAACCAUUCUUCUUUGAAGGUAUGAGUGACACAUUUGAAGUGUUAGCAAACAAGAAAGGGUCUGGUCGACCAAUGAUAGUGUAUUCUUGCAACCAGCAAAGCAAGGCUAUCUUGUCUAUAGUAGACCUGUUCACAUCAAACCAUGUUGAAAAUAAAAGACAGUUAUUGCAAGCUUUAUUGAAGAAACUAGAUGUGAAAUGUGUUUCACAGCAAAUACCAUGUCUCACUCCAGCAUUUUUAUUUGCCAGCAAAAAGAAUAUUGACCAGCUAUUGAAAUCCUUACGCCCCCAUCUGUCUGAUGGCAUUUGUAAAGGAAAACAAGUUUCUUUGCUGUUUUGUGACAAAAGCACCACACAAAAUAUUCCUUUGACAAGAGAAGACAUGCUGCCAGUAAACACUGACCAUGCUGCACAAUGUGGAUUUGAUUGGGAGAUAUAUCAAGAGCAUCUUAAUACGAAUACUUUGGGACAGAUGGUCAUAUACACUGAUGUUAUCCCAUCUACACAGACUCUACUAGAAGGGAACUUGACAUUUGUGCAGAAUAUCCCAGAGCAGAUUGGUAUUGUAGCUGUAACCAGACAGCAAGUCAAAGGGAAAGGUCGCAGUGGGAAUGCAUGGCUGUCUCCCAUUGGUUGUUUGAUGUUUUCCACAGUUGUCACAGUAGAGUUUGGUACUGAACUUGGUUCACGAUUACCAUAUCUACAACACAUUGCAUCCUUAGCUCUGGUCGAAGCACUCCGAAGUGUAGAAGGAUAUCAAAAGAUCAAUGUUUGUCUUAAAUGGCCAAAUGAUAUAUAUUAUGGGAGGAAUGUCAAGAUUGGUGGAGUCGUAGUGUCGUCUACGGCAUAUGGCAAUAGUUUUAGUGCUGUUAUUGGUAUGGGUGUAAAUGUAUCCAAUAAAGAACCAACGAUUUGUAUCAAUGACGUAAUAAAACAAUAUAACGAAGAGAACAACACACACCUGGCUGAACUAUCUCUGGAAAUGCUGCUAGCAAGAACAGUGACUUGUAUGGAAAAUUUGAUUGUUGACUUUCAAAAACAUGGAAAGGAAGGAUUCUUAAGGAAGUACUACAAAUGGUGGCUACAUAGUGAUUCCAAAGUCACCCUGAACACAGCUGGUCAUCCUCAAGAAGUUACCAUCAUUGGUUUGGAUGAUUUUGGUUUUCUUUUGGUCCAGAAAGAAAGUGGAGAAAAACUAUCAGUCCAACCAGAUGGAAAUACCUUUGAUCUGUUGGCUAAUUUGAUUGCAUUCAAAUAAUGUGCGCCUCCAGACCCCUACCUUCUCCAAGGAGGGGUGUGAGAGGGUAUAUAUAUGAGAUAAAUAGUUCCUGGUGAUGUUCAGCAACACUCCUCCAUGAAAGGAGGGUGGUUGUUGAAUGCCAGACACACCACCCUCCCUUAUGCCAGGAAUAAAUUUUAUAAUUUAAAAACACUGUCAGUGAUAAAAAAGAAAUUAUUAAAUAGCAUAGAGUGUAGAUUUUAAGAAAUUUAGCAAGACAUUUUUCAGCAGUGAAAGGAGAACUAGGAAGUCUAGAAUAGAUGUGAUAGCCAUGAUGGCAUUACUAAGGCCAUUAGUAUUGAAUGGGAUAUAAACCAAUAACCUACCACACAAAACACUGAUAUAAUAUAAUAAACUUUAUUUACAGAGGGUGAAGCAAUAAACCAGUGAAUUAUCUAACUUUUGGUCCUCACUACAACUGGGUUGCAGAAAGAUGUACGUAUCAGUCAAUCAAUCAAUCAAUCUUUAUUGUGCUCAAUAGUUUACAGAUAUAAAUAAUAAUAGUUGAAAUUGCAGGWGAUAAGAGCACAGCCAAUUAGAAAUAGCAAUAGCUAAUCGAGCUAAGUGGCUGGUCCAUGCGGAGAAAAUCUAUUUGUUGCUGAUUGACUAAAGCAAUGGAUAAGACAAGACAAGACAAAAACAAAARACGACAAGACAAGAUAAGCCGGUGACAAGACAAGACAUUAGACAAGACAAAAUGGACUGUGCUCCUAUCAGCUGGACUAGAAGUGCAUCAUAGAACUAUCAAUAAUUUGAUAUUAUAGAGGCUUUAAGAUUUUUUUUGAAAAGGUUGUAAUGCUUUACUGCUAAACUAAUACUAGGAUUUGUAUACUCUACAGUGUAUUCAUCUUUUGGGUACACAAUUGCUGGUGCUAUAAAUGCUAAAAGGCCAGGCGAGCUUAAUACAGUGUAGCUACUACUAUGAAAGUUGAAACAAGUGCAUUGCUGAUGCAACAUGUGUUUUAAUGUACAAAUGUACAAACUAGAUAGAUAAUCUGACCAGAAAUGCCUACGUAAUAACUCACGCUUACAUAAGACCUCCCAUGAACCUGACAUGCCCUCCUCUACAUAGUCUAGAUUUCUAUUAAAGGGUAGUCAACAUCUACUCUGACCUCAGUAAUGACAAUGAUGUAAUCAUUAGGCUAUUGCCAUCGGAAUAUUGGAUCAAUUUGAAUAUAUAUAUGUAUGAGUUAUAUGCCACAACACCCAUAUCAUGACAUGAAUCACAACCCCACACUUUCUAAGAAAACUGUGUCCUUGUUUUCUAAACUAACUAGGGCAAUCUUGUUUAGCUAAACUGUCACAUCAAUAAAGUAUAAUGCCCUUUCAA